AUGGGAGGAAUUAAGAAGUUUAAAAAGAAUGAGAAAGGAGAGAACAUUCGUUUCAUCACUCGUAAUGCUGCUGCUCGUAAGCUACAGGUCUCUUUGAACUUGUUUAGGAAACUAUGUAUCUUAAAGGGUAUCCAUCCAAGAGACCCAAAGAAGAGAUUGCAUGGCAAGAAUAAGACUUAUUAUUAUACAAAGGAUAUUAGAUUCUUGCAACAUGAGCCUUUGAUUCAAUUGUUGCGAGAUAGGAAGACAUUUGCCAAGCGCGAGAAGAGAUUGAAGGAGAAGAAGGACUUUGCCGCGUUGGAGCAGUUCAUCAAGUCGCGUCCAAACACAUCGAUCGACCACAUCGUCAGAGAGCGCUACCCAUCGUUCCAAGACGCCAUCAAGGAUCUGGACGACUGCCUCACACUCGUGCAUCUGUUUGCCUCGAUGGACUCGUCGCCCAAGGUGCGUGAGAACCACAUCUUGGCGUGCGCCACACUGUGUCGCGAGUUCCAGACCUACGUCACCAAGGCCAAGUGUCUGCGCAAGGUGUUUGUCUCGAUCAAGGGUAUCUACUACCAGGCCGAGAUCAUGGGCGAGACCGUCACUUGGCUCACCCCCAUCAACUAUAUCAACAAGAAGGAGAAGGCCGUCGACUAUGGUGUCAUGAUCAGUUUCCUCGAGUUCUACGAGGUGAUGCUGAGGUUCGUCAACUAUAGGCUGUACAACUCCAUCGGCCUCAAGUACCCACCCACCGUCGACAUGCAGCGACUCAACAAUGGUGACUACCUCUCGGCCAUGAUCACCGAGACUUCCACGACCACCACGACCACGACCACCACCACCUCGUCAAAGAAGCAGCCACAGCUGUCCAAGGAGGAGAUGAGCAAGCAGAAGGAGAUCAACGAGUUGUCCAAGACCUUCAAGGAGGCCGACGACGAGGACGAUGAGGACGAGGAAGACACCACUGGAGGCAAGCUCGAGCUCACCUCCAAGGGUAUCUCCAAGGACUUUGAAGACCUGGUGCAUGACGGCGAGCAGGACGACACGGCCAAGGUGGGCCAGAUCAUCGACGUGGCCAACCUGUUUAGAGGCCUCAAAUUCUUUGUGUCGCGUGAGUGUCCAAAGCACGCGCUCGAGUUUGUCAUCACUUCGUUUGGCGGUGAGGUCUCGUGGGAAGGCGGGGCCUUUAGCGAGGGCGACCAGACCAUCACACAUCAGAUCGUCGAUCGUAACGCCCAGAACGACAAGAUCCAUCACAACAGAGAGUACGUGCAGCCACAGUGGGUGUUUGACAGCGUCAACACCAAGAUCCUGCUGGACGUCACCGAGUACAAGCAGGGCUCCAUCCCCCCACCCCAUCUCUCGCCAUUCGUCGAGUACGACGAGGACAGCUACAUUCCCGCGCGUAAGGCAGUGCUGGACGAGCUGAUCGGCCAGAAGGGCUUUGGCGAUGCCAAGGUGCCAACCACAAUCACCGACAUCAUGACCCAAGACGACGAGGACGAGGACGACGAGGAGGAGAAGGACAGCGACGAGGAAUCGGACGACGAUGACGACAUUGCCGCGAUCGAGUCACGCUACAUGAGAGAGCUCAAGACUGAGGAGAAUAAGAAGAGAAAGGCUGCUGAGGCCGACGACGAAGACAACGAGGACGAGGAGGAUGAGGAGAUCGAGGACGUUGACGAUAAUGAAGUAGUGGAAGACAGCGAAGACUCAGAGGACGAGGCCGAGCGUCUACAAAAGGCCAAGUUGAAGAAGAAGCAGAGCAAGGAGAAGGAGGAGUUGCAGAUGGCCGAGAUGAUGAUCAGGAAGAAGGACAGAUGGUUGUAUAACCGUAUCAAGAGCAGAAACGAGGCUGCCGACAGACACAAGAACAAGCUGAUCACCAAGAGAGAUCGUGUGGAGAAGGGCCAGACCGUCGAUGGUAUCCCCAAGAGUGAGAUCACCAGAGUCAAGAGCAGUGUGCAUCAGAACAUCAACACCGUACCAAAGUACGUACCAAAGGCUCAGGCUGAGGCUCAAGCCGCCAAGCCCAAGACAUCAUCCAAGCCAGCCGCUGCUGCCAAGCCAUCUUCUGCCGCCAAGCCAGCAGCUACCCCUUCCAAGCAAUCAACAACAAAGACAACACCAACAACCAAGCCAACUACACCAACAAAGAAGCAAACUCAAACAACAACCUCCAGUUUACCCAAGAAGGCUCCAGUCGCAGCCGCCUCCAACAAGAAGCAAAAGACUAAAUAA